GAAACUCUCAGCUCCACUAUAACCACCAGUCCAGGGGCAGCGGACGCCACGCACCCGGGUAUCAGCAGCAAUGGCGCCGUUUCGUGACCCUGAGCCUGGAGACCUGAUUGAAAUUUUCCGCGUUGGCUAUCAGCACUGGGCCAUCUACGUGGGAGAUGGCUACGUGGUCCAUGUGGCCCCCAUGCGGGACACCCCUGGGUCCAGUGGCAGCAGCAUCUCCUCCAUUGGCGAUGGAAGGGCAGUGGUGAAACUGGAGCGCCUGGAGGAUGUGGUGGGGGACUGCCUCUAUAAGGUCAACAACCACUUGGACAGCAAGUACGAGCCGUUGCCGGUGACAGAGAUCAUCCGGGCCGCCAAGGGCAUGGUGGGCCAGGAGCUAAAGUACAGCGUGCAGAGGAAGAACUGCGAGCACUUUGUCACCAAGCUGAGAUAUGGGAAGUCCGAAAGUGAGCAGGUCAAAGGGAAGACAGUAUGUGGAGUCAUUCUGAUGGCAGUUAUUGGAGCCCUAAUCCUACUCUGAUCCGUAACUCUGACAACACGAGGAAUGUCCAGUUCUGAUGAUACAACGCUGUUGCCCCAUAGAGACAGGGUCAAGCAUCUCUGGCCAUCUGGCCUCUGCUUCUCUUACUGCUGGCAGCUGGCUAGUCCUCUGCCACUAAGAAGCAUCAUGGAUCUAUAGAUCCUUCGAAAGAACUAGCACCAUGCUUUUCUAACCCUCAACAAAAAUGAAAUAAAGCCCUACAUAAAUGAUAGUAUUUUAUAAGCAAAGAGGUGUGGGGCUAGAAUGGUAGCACAGCGGGUAGGGAGGCUUGCCUUGUACACAGAUGAUCUGGGUUCAAUCCCCGCACCCCAUGUGGUUCUUUCAGCACCGCCACGAGUGAUCCCUGAGCCCAGAGCCAGAAGGAAUCCCUGAAUACUGUCAAGUGUGGCCUCAAAACAAAAUAAAAGGGCCAGCUUCCAUUUCUCCCUCUGUGUCACUCAAUUUCUUCAUCCUAAUUUGAUGAAGCAUUCGGAAUGGUGCGUAGAUGGCAGACAGAAAAGACAAUAAGAGUCAAAGAGGCAUGUUUUACUUGAAAAGCUAUAGUUAUGAGUAAGAAAA